AUGUUCGUUUGUAUUGCCGAUGCAGGCUUGCAUGCGGUAAGCAACCCGAUCACAUAUAUGAUUCUCGAGGCUCCAUCUAACAUGGAUGGUGCCAUCCGACCCACGAGCUCACAGCCGUCGUGGCACAGAAUGGCACCGAACCGACCCAAGUACGUGGAUUCCCAGCUACACAGCGCGACUUUGAUCUGGCUUCGCCAUUGA